AUGUUAUCAUUAUUUAUGAUAAAUAAACACGGAUGUUUAAUUUAUUAUAAAUGUUUAAGUGGCAAUGAUACAUUAAAUUCUAAUGAUAUAAUUCGUUUAGCUAGUACAUUACAUGGAUUAUCAACAAUUUCUGUUAAAUUAUGUUCUAACAAUAAUAUAUCAAUAAUUCCAUCACCUAAAGGUAAUUCAAUGAAAUUAAUAAUAUUUAUAGGUAUUACAAAUAUUGAUUCUGAUUAUUUUCGUUUACAGUGUUUGGAAACUUUAACUGGAUUAUGUAUAUUUAUGAUUUGUGAUUUAAAUGGACCAUCAAAAGCUCAUUUAAAUGUUAUGUUAAAUUAUAUUUAUGAAUUAUAUUCUGAUUAUGUUCAUAAAUGUCCUUUUCAUAAAGUUGACAUGCCUAUACGUUCCAAAUUAUUUGAUGAACAAAUUAUUUUAUAUUUUAAAGAUUUUACUUAA